UGAUUUUUGACUACUUGGCUUGAUACAGUUUGUUGUCACUAUUUUUGUUCUUACUCCACGGAUUAACUCAAUGAGUUACAACUACUAAAUAUGACUGUAUCAUGCGUAAAACUAUCGUCAGAUGCCUUUAUGGUGUGUCUUACACACGCGCUAUCAACAGAGAACGAAGAGGUGAUGGGUCUAUGUAUUGGGGAAGUCGACGAAAACAGAGUGUCUCAUAUUUCUGCAGUGAUGCUGCUUCGUAGAUCUGACAAGAGGAAGGAUAGGGUGGAAAUUUCACCGGAGCAGUUGUCAAAUGCCGCGAUACAUGCUGAAAUCCUGACUGCCGAACUCAAGCGACCGAUGAGAGUCCUGGGUUGGUACCAUUCCCACCCACACAUUACAGUCUGGCCAUCACACGUGGACGUUAGAACACAGGCGAUGUACCAGCUCAUGGACGAGUGCUUCGUGGGCCUCAUAUUCUCGACGUUCAACGAGGACAAGAAGAGCAAGCAGCAGCGCAUCCAGGUCACGUGCUUUCAGUCGACCAAUCACAGCCCGGAGGGCGAGCCGCCGAUGUACGAGCGCAUCGAGGUGCCGCUGCAGGUGGCGCCCUCCAGCCACAUCAGCCGCGAGAGCAUGCAGUCGCUCGUCACGCUUCCCGGCAUUCUCACGGAGGAGGAGUCGGAGGCAUACACGAGCACGUUCGCUAGCAAGGACCUCGACCUCGUCACGCGGCUACACAACAGCGCCGUCUUCACCAAGUCCAUCUGCCACAUGAUGGAGGUGCUGACGGGCCCGCUCAUGCAGAGCCUCGAGAACCGGUGCGAACACGACAAGAGGCUAGCCGCGCAGCUGCUCACGAGAAAACAAGAGCUGGAGCGUCAACUCGAAGAGCUGUCCUGACCGGGAGCGCCGCGACCUUGAUCGACUCGAGGAGCUGUCUUAACCGGGAGGACGUCGCGACCUUGAUCGUACAAAGACCGGCGGAGAAAGACCGGCUAUAUUUUUUUAGUAGAUUUCUGGUCGGGUAUUGAUCAGUGUUGUCGGAAUUAUCGAGAGUAAGAUGAUAAUAAUGUGAUCUGUUAUUAUAGAGGUAGAUCUGUAAUUAUAUAUGUGUAAAAAUUUUGAUAGAUUUAUGCUGCCGUUUCUCAUUGCUUGUGGCUUACAAAGUAGAUUGAAGUAACAGUAUGAACAUGCAUAACUAUUGUUUACUGACUUGUUAGACGUUCAUAUUCAUCACAAGACUAAGUGUUAAAAUGGAU